CGCUCUCGCUCAUUCAUUCUUCCCCCUCGCAGCAGACGCACAAAUCCCGUCACCACAACCAUGUCCAGGCGCAGUGAUUGCAUCACCCUUCAAGCCAGAGACUCAAACACGCCCGAACCCGCCAUCAGACCGCCGCUGAGGAAAAGAAAGUCCGAGCCCUCCAAGAAGAAGAGUCAACCCGCUGCCAAGAAACAAAGCUGCUAUGAAAUUCAGAAGUGUUGGUCAGAGGACGGAGCGAGCCCGUGCAUCCUCAUCGAGACGCCGCACAAAGAACUGGAGCCUGCCGACCCGUCCAGCUUCAAGCAGUACCGCUUCAAGAACCUCUUCAUCAAGGCUUCGCCCCUACCUCGCCUCAGUUGGGCCAGCUCGGACGACGUGUGGAUCAAGAUGCUCAACAAGGAUCUCAAGUACGUUCACGACAAGAGUUACAUGCAGAGACACCCCAAACUGCAACCCAGCAUGAGGGCCAUCCUCCUCGACUGGAUACUGGAGGUGAGCGAGGUAUACUGCCUCCACCGGCAGACGGCGUACUUGGCGCAGGACUUCUUCGACCGCUUCAUGCUGACUCAGGAGGACGUCAACAAGGACUACCUGCAGCUAAUAGGCAUCACCGCGCUCUUCAUCGCCUCCAAGAUUGAGGAGAUCUACCCACCCAAAAUCUGCGAGUUUGCUUACGUGACGGAUGGCGCGUGCGACACGUGGGACAUCCAGUGCACCGAGCUUCAGAUCCUCAAGGCGUUGGACUGGAAUCUUUGUCCUGAGACUCCCAUCUCCUGGCUGAAGCUCUAUGCUCAGGUGGAGGCCCAGAAGGACAGCGAAAACUUCCUGGUGCCGCAGUUCUCGCAGGAAACGUACAUCCAGAUCACGCAGCUGUUGGACUUGUGCGUGAUGGACAUCGGCUCGCUAGACUUCAGCUACAGCGUUCUCGCUGCCGCUGCAUUCUGCCACUUCUCCACCUUCGACAUCGUCAACAAAGUGUCUGGCCUGACGUGGGAGAGCGUGUCUGCAUGCGUGCGGUGGAUGAACUCCUUUGUGGAUGUGUUGCGCUCGGAGGCCAAACCUCAGCUCAAGACCUUCACCAAAGUGAACGCCGAAGACCGACACAACAUCCAGACGCACAUCACCUACUUGGACUUCCUGAGAAAAGCUCAAGAGCGCCAGACUAAGGACGCCGACGAUUGCCCGCUGUCACCAAUGGUUGCCAUGGCACCCGUCUUGACUCCGCCCAGUAGCACGGAGAAACCGCCCAACCACUGAACAGGGGGGGGACCUCGGCGGCCAUUUUAGCAGCCCAAAAAAAAAAAAAAAAAAAGAACAAGUUUAACUUAAAUACACAAAAUGAGAUUUUUGUGAAAGACUUCCUGGUGCUCCUUCACUACAGCCUUCCAUCCCAUUGCCCGCGUGGGAACAUGCAGCUUUGUGGUGACCACUCGUUUUGUGUUUUUCCUGACUGUUUCAUUCCUGGAAACUUGACCCGAGCCGCUUGCACGUGCCGCUAUGAGCUCGUAUUUAUUGAGUUAGAAACAAAGAGAAAAAAAAUCAAUUCGAAUCUCGAGUGCUAUUUAUGACAUCCUCAUUUGUGCCUUGAGAUGCUCAAACAAUUGUCU